ACAGAAGGGACUAGUGCAGCAUAUAGUGUGGAGGUGCACGCUCAGUAGUGUUUGAUUCGAAAAGCAUGGCAGACGAAGCUGAUGUUGCCGGACUGCGGGAGGUCGGCGAAGCCGAGGUACAAGCUAGCGGCGACGAAACCGAGCGGCUGGCGGACGCCGACGAAGCGGAGCUGCGGGCGCUGACAGCAGAGCUCGCCAAGAUCCAGCGGUCGCGUGCGAUGGCACUCGAGCAGAUCGAGCUCCUCAAGGUCGAGCGGGCUGCUCUCGAGACACGCUUUGACGCUGAGCGGCGCAAUAUCGAUCGGCGUAACGAGGCCCGCGAGCGCCAAGCCCGUGUCGCCCAGGAAAUGGCCGAACAAGAAGCUGCGCAGCAAGCGGCGCGCGACGCAUUGCACCGCCCCGUCGAGCCCCAGCUCUAUGAGCCACCAGCCAGUGCCACGCAUGGCUCGGACGACCUCGACGAUCUCGAAGCCUACCUUGAAAACAACUAAGGACACCGGUCCUAUUUACCCUCUAUACGCUCG